AUGUUCAGUGCCGGUGAUACCGGGGAGCCCGAUGACGGGCGGCGCAUCACCGAUCCAAGAACCAUGGCGCCGGCGCUGGAGCCGGCCCAGAUCGCGCCGCCGUCGCACGCGGCGGCGACGGCCUCCAACAAGGGUGACGCCGCGAGCACCGAGUGCAGGAGAACUGCGAUGUUCGAGUUUAUACAUCACGUCCGAAUCCUUGUCCACGACGCCGACGCCAUGGCGGAGUACAUCGAGGAAAACUUCGGCAUGACGCCGGUGAAGAUCGAGGUCUUCCCCGCGCGGGGAAUGAAAAACGCCGUUUACCGAGUGGGCCAGACCAACGUGGAAUUCACCGAGCCGCUGGAUCCCUGA